UGGGGAGAACCUGCCAUAGCUUGUACUUCGUCGGUUCGGCACUAGAUGGCACUGCGCGAAGUUUUAUCUGCUCUUGUUUUGUUCCAGCGACUGGAAACCCAGGCUGGGAUCGAGCGGAAUUCAUUGAAGCUGCAGGCUUUCGUGACGUGUCCCUGAGCGCUCCAUUACUUUGCUCGCUGCCAGCGCUUUAUUGUUCUUGCUCCCCUCCGAUCUUCUUCUUCUUCCUCCUGCUCCCCACCUUCCCUCGUGGUGCCCAUCCGAUGCCUUCGCCAUCCCACUGAACUCUGCCUGGGCGACCAGCGGGCGCCCGCUCAACUCCAGCCCUCUCGCCCGGCUGCGCUUGUGGGGGAAACCCAAAGGGAUCCAGAGGCAGGUGAGCAGCGCGCAGGAUGGGCGCCGCGGAGAGCAGCGCGGGACCGCUGUAGACGCGGAACGCCUCGCCUGCCCUUUCCUUGGAGACGGGCAUUGGCUCGAAAUCGACCUUCCAUCCUCCAGUGAGCGACCAGCCGCCCAAAAAAAGCCACCCACCCGCGCCCACCCUGCUGGAUCCUGGAGGGAGGAAUCAUGAUCGAGUGAGCGAAGCCGUGCGCCGAACAGGAGAAGCUCGAGAGAGGGAGAGAGAGACAGAGAGAUGGCCAAAUUGACAGAGUCAAUGACUAAUGUGCUGGAAGGAGACUCAAUGGAGCAGGACGUGGAGAGCCCUGUUACAAUCCAUCCGCCUAAGUUGCCCAAACAAGCCAGGGAAGAUCUGCCAAAGCACUUAAAAGAAUGUACCAAGAGGAAAAUCCAGAGGUAUGUUAGGAAAGAUGGAAAAUGCAACGUCCACCACGGAAAUGUGAGAGAGACUUAUCGUUACCUGACUGACAUCUUCACAACCUUGGUUGACCUCAAAUGGAGAUUCAACCUUUUUAUUUUUGUCAUGGUUUAUACUGUGACGUGGCUUUUCUUUGGAUUCAUCUGGUGGCUAAUUGCUUACAUCCGAGGAGAUUUGGAGCAUAUAGGGGACAAGAAAUGGACCCCAUGUGUCAGUAACCUCAAUGGGUUUGUUUCCGCCUUUUUAUUCUCCAUAGAGACAGAAACCACCAUUGGGUAUGGUUUUCGGGUCAUCACAGACAAAUGUCCUGAAGGAAUUAUCCUGCUUUUAGUUCAGUCUGUUUUAGGAUCUAUAGUCAAUGCUUUCAUGGUUGGCUGCAUGUUUGUGAAAAUAUCCCAGCCCAAGAAGAGGGCGGAAACCUUGGUGUUUUCUACCAAUGCCGUAAUUUCCAUGCGAGACGGAAAGCUGUGUCUGAUGUUCCGUGUUGGGGACCUUAGAAAUUCACACAUUGUGGAAGCGUCAAUACGAGCCAAGUUGAUCAAGUCAAAACAGACAAAGGAGGGGGAAUUUAUACCACUCAACCAGACAGAUAUUAAUGUAGGUUAUUAUACAGGGGAUGAUCGUCUGUUUUUGGUUUCACCGCUGAUCAUCAGCCAUGAAAUAAAUCAACAGAGUCCAUUCUGGGAGAUUUCCAAAGCUCAACUGCCCAAAGAGGAAUUAGAAAUUGUGGUCAUCCUAGAAGGAAUGGUGGAAGCAACAGGGAUGACGUGUCAAGCCCGAAGUUCCUAUGUUACCAGUGAGAUCCUGUGGGGUUACCGUUUUACACCUGUUCUCACGCUAGAGGACGGAUUUUAUGAAGUUGAUUACAAUAGCUUUCAUGAUACAUAUGAGACCAAUACACCAUCUUAUAGUGCCAAAGAACUGGCAGAGAUGGCCAGCCGUGCAGAAUUACCCCUCACUUGGUCUGUGUCCAGCCAAUUAGACCAGCGUGCCGAAAUGGAUACUGAAGAGGAGACCAAGAACCACGAAGAACAAACUGAAAGGAAUGGUGAUGUGGCCAACUUAGAGAACGAGUCCAAAGUUUAGAACUUAACAGUGGGGACAGACAACCACUAAUCUUCCUUUAAAAGAGGAAAGAGGGAGGACCGAUUAAGGUGUGACAAGCCUCCCUGCCCGUAAGGCAAGCAAAGAUUUGGGUUAAAGCUGCAAUAUCCCUGCAAUGUUGCCAUGUAAUCUCUUAUCCUUGUUCUAUUUUUUCAGCUGGAGAGCUCAGUGUUCACACAUGCAGGUGUGUGGUUUGGGGCUGGUUUCUAAGAUAAAGGGCAGAAGUUUGUUAACCUGGGCCAAAAGCAAAACACAGUGACUGUAAGUGAAGUCUAUUCACAUCCUGAGCUUUAAGUCCAGUUUUUAUAUACUGUAUUCUAAGACAGUUUUGAAUGAGAUGCCUGCAUUGCAGCUUUUAGACCCAAGGAGGUGAAGAGAAAGGUCUGAAAUUCAAUGAGAUACUGUACAUAUGCCUUAUGUAUUUUCUUUCUCUUUCAGUUUAGUAAUAAACCCAGCAUGUACAAAAGUACUGUAGUAAAGAACCUCUAAAUAAUGUACAUACGUGUGUAAUUAAUGUAGGUUUAGAGAUAUAAUUUAGAAAAUAAUGGGAUGCAAAAAACAAAACAAAAACCCAACCACCUAUCAUGAGGAAGGCAGUUCUCUUCUAACACCAGACGUUUAUUAGAGUUUGGCACCCAUUUAUAACUGCCCCAUGAAUGCAUGUCUAUUUCCUCAUUGUACCAGACUGGCAGCUGUUUAGAGUACCUCACUGUUUUCUUAAGCGAUGAUUUAGCUGACUCUAAAAAGCCAUAGGUCUGGGGUGGGGGGGAUAAGGGCAGAAAAAUUACAACACGAUUCCUGAUAAACUGUGAAACUGUUUACAAAACAAUCGUUUUCUUUGUAAUGUUAUAUGGUUAAAAAAAAAACCACUUCUGGUUACUUGGGCAGGACAGGUAGAAUUUAACUGUGGCAGAUUCUUGUCCAAGGCAAGGAUUCCUUUUGUAUGACAUUUGUCUAUCAGAGAUUUUGUGUCGGGCUAUUAACCCUUUAAGUGCAAUACUUUGGGAAACUUUGGUUUUCAAAACCAUUCAGCUAAAAAAAACAAAAAACACCUGUGUAAUUUGCUAUAUCUAUAGCUAUCUAACCUAUAUAAGCCAUGAAAAGUUUUGAAUGUUAUACCAUAGUUCAGCAGAGAACAUUUCCAGCUGAUGUUCUAUCUGAAAAAAACAACUGGACUUCAGCUGGAUUUCAUUAUUGUAAUAGGUACUUCAUAUGUCUUGAAUACUCCCUGCAAAGAUCUGCCAGCAUGUCAGCCUUGCACAUGUGUCGUUUCUGUGAUGUCAAUGAGCACAAUCUGUAGGCCUCAUUCUGCCAUCUUUACUUAUAAUGAGUAGUGCCUUAAGUGCUUUCCAGUGUUACAUUCUCCCAGUGGUUGACAACUGCAAAUGAGUAGAUACAACAGCUAUACAGCAUCCCUGACCCAACUGCCACCAGUUCAUGCAUUCAAAGCUGAAUUAUCUCCUGAGGAAAUAGGUUUGGGAUUGUUUUGGUCCUCAUCACUUACUUACUUACUUACUUACUUACUUACUUACUUACUUACUUACUUGUUUGCUGCCCAUCUGACUGGUUUGCCCCAGCCACACUGGGCAAUUCCCAACAAAAAAACGAGUAAAAACACCAGUGUAAUGCAUAGCAAGCAGUAUCAUACAGUACUGUGUUCAUCUUCAUGGCUCAGAUCAGCAUUUUAGCUAUGACAAAAACAAAACAACAAAACAGAAGAGGUCUUUAUUCUGUUCCCAUAGUAUUUUCUUGAAGAAGAAAAAUUUGCAAAGAUUUUCCACCAAAAAGCUUUCAGGCUAUCAUGUAGGGAAUAGACCUAAUAAAAUGUUUAGCUACUUAUCCAUGGAUUCAUGGCUAAGAGAGCAAUCCACUGUGGCAAGCCAUUAAUAUACUACCAGAUAAGAACAUUGUAACAUAGACAUAGACAUUGAUUUAAUCAUUGGGCAGCCCCACCCCCAAAGUUCUUUAUUAUUGUUUGGUCAUUAAGAAAACUUACCAAGUACUAGCUUGGCACCCAAAUCCCAAUUAAAUAUGGAUAGCCAUAGCAUCACACACCAACAUUAUCAGAACGGCAUGUUCAGGAAACUACUUCAAACAUUUACAUGGCAAGCGUGUUACAUCAAUCCAUAUGUAUGUCAGGUGGAAUUAGCCUUUUACAUUUAUUAUUCAUUAAUGCAUUAAUACUAAUCCUAUUCUAACCAUUUAUGCCUUGCCCUCACCAUAAGUAGACCUUGAGUACUGCAGGGUGGCUGAGCAUUUUUGCAUGGCAACUUAACGGCCAGGUCCACACAUCACAGUAAACCAUAGUCUGAACCAAACAACGACUUACCAUGAAUAAGUAGUGU